AUGAACUUGGUCAAGAACGCCCUCGGUGGGAACUCCGGCAACGACACCAACAACAGCCAAAACCAACAGACCCAACAAGGCAGCAGUAGCUCCGGAGGUGGAUUCACUAAUAAGCUCAAUGAAAUGGCCGGCGGUGGCCGCGAGGGCGAACAGAACGAAGAUGCCCUUGACAAGGCCAUCGACUAUGCCCAGGAAAAGUUCCUCGGCCAAGGCGACCAAUCCAACGAGUCUGCUUUGGAGCAGAUGAAGGACAAUCAGAUUGCCGGCGCCAUUCGCAGCGGGUACAAAAAUGUCACUGGGAUCUGUGCCCACCGCAUAACUGGCGUCCAGCAAUGCCCCGUUUCCCGCAAACGGCAGGAAGAAGAACGCCAUAAAUUUGAGGGCCAUAUCUGCAAGUUCAUCGGCUAUGGAGCAAGCCGUUCCACCAAGUCCACGGGCCAAAUCAUCUUCGGCUGGUGUCCCGAGUGCACCUCGACCUUUACAGGAGGGAAUAUCCUGGACGGGAAAGUGAUCCGGCGAUACUGGGCUAUCAAGGGCCUAUUCUUCAUCGAAAGGCCAAUACGCUCGAAGAUUAUUAACGGGGCUUAUCUUUUCUCUACCUUUUACGAUGGAAUCUUGGAUGAUGAACUACUUGGCGAUCAGAGCCGUGCGGAAUCCUGUUCGAAACUAUCACGCAACGCCUUCCUGAUGAGGCACAUCUUCAUCCUCGCCCUCAAAGGACAGUAUCCCUUACGUGGACAACCCGACAAUGAAGGGCCCAAUAAACUAAACGACGUCACGGCGUCCUUCUCCGAGUCCCCACUUCUAAAUAACCAUGUCGACGGAGACCCAAAACCUCGCCUUCAGGCGAAGGUCACUGCCUAUGAGCUCAUCUGCUUAGGCGAAAAUACCCGGGAAUUCUGCGAUCUCAUCAACCAGUACCCUUCGGUUCGCAAAAAACUUAACGACUUCGACAGCAGUCUCACGGUCUUUGUCCCUGCCGAUACCGCUUUCGAGAAUCUUCCCCAGCUCAGAAGCGAACACCUACUCCCGGAGUUCUUAAGGAAGAUGAUAAGGUACCAUGUCGUAGACGACAUAUACUCCCUCGACCGCGUCAUGUCGUCGCACACCAUCCCGACUCUGCUCAACGAGAGCUCGCUAGGUUACAGACCACAACGCGUGCGCGUCUCGGUAGAUCUUUCGGGGAUCGACCUCAACUUUGGCUCUCGUAUCACCCAGUCCGGUAUCGAGGUUGCGAACGGCGUCCUCCACAUGAUCGAGGACCUCCUGAUGCCUCCCCCACGGCAGGGCAAGCUUAUCAAGACCCUCCCCGCAAAGCUUACCACUUUUGCAUCUGCCAUGGAGAAGACGGGUCUUGCAGACGACUUACGCCAGGAACCGCAGGCGGGAGGUACGAUAUUCGCUCCCUCGAAUAGAGCAUGGGAGAAGCUCCGCCCGGACACUUCUCGCUUUCUUUUCUCCAGGGAUGGGGAAAAGUACCUUCGAGCCCUUUUAGAAUACCAUAUUGUUAUCAACGCAACACUUUACUCAGACGCUUACUACAAAUCCAAGACGGCAUCUCCCCACGACAUACCCGGUUUCACGGUAGAGGCAGAUCAGAUGUCCUUGCCCCCGAUUAAGCGUCGCCAUGCCUCUCCUCAAUCUCUCCUUCCAAACCGCACAAUCGAGGUCGACGUCGUAACCUGGAUGGAGUUCUCUGAGAUGUCCAUCAAUCGCGGGAAGAGUUGUGUCAUGGUCCAGGACGGCAUCGCCAGUGACGGAGUCGUCCAUGUUGUCGGGUCCGUCCUCAUCCCUCCAAAGUAUGGCGGUCGGAAAGGCCACGACGAAGAUGCUAAGAGGAACUUUGACCGUGAUGGAGUUACGGUGAAGGAGUUGAAGGAGAGACUGGAUGAGUUUAUCAAGAAUGACGAUGGUUCCGAGCUGGGAUGA